AUUUUGCUAAAUUAAAACGUGUCAUUUGAAAAAUAAGAAAAAGAGAAGAUGUUGUGGUUAAAUAUGCUGUAUAAUGUAAGUUUCACCAAAUUUAUAGUUUUCAUGGAAUAUUUUUUUUAUAUGAAUAAAUAUUAAAUUACAAUGUUUUUUUUUUUUUAUAAAUAUUGAUGUAUCUAUAAUGAGAAUAUAAUUUUAAAAAUUAGUAAAGAAGUGUAGAAGUAGAUAUUAAUUACUUUGGACAUUUUUAUUUUCCUAUUUUGAGAGCAUAAAAUAGAGUGCUAACGAAAAGGGCACAAACAAGAGAGACCUUGAAAAGUUAAUUAAUUUUCCCACCCAAUAUAACAAUAAAAUCAACCAGAAAAAAGCAACAGCAAAAACUUUUAAUUACUUCCUUCAAAAAAAAAUAAAAAGAUUAAAAUAAAACUUGUAAUUACUUAAAACUCUCAAAAAAGAAUUUUCCCUCUUUUCUCAUCAGCUCAAAACAAAACAAAACAAACCAAACCAAACCAAACCAAACCACCUUCUUCUUCUUCUUCUUCUUCUUCUCAGAUCACCACGUUUUUCCAUUUAUCCUUUCAUAACCGCCAGUUUUUUUUUUUGGUUCAAAUCCAGAAACCAUCUCACUCUUCAACACUGAUUCCUCAAUUUUUCAAAUUUCUAAAUUUCCCAAUCUUUUCUUUAAUUUCUUUGCUCAAUUUCAAAUACCCAAUAUUUAGUUUUUUCUUUUCCUCUAAUGGUGACUGGUGGGUCCCACCAGGAAGAUGGUGACAAAAACCUUGCUGCUACUGUCUCUAAAGGAGGAGGAGCCGCCAGGUCAUGGGGUAACACCACUGUCUCCGGUGGUCAAUCGGUGUCUACUAGUGGCAGCGUGGGUUCACCUUCUAGCCGGAGUGAACAAGCCAUGGCUACACCUGCUAGUGACAGCACUUUUCUUAGGUUAAACCAUCUGGACAUUCACGCUGAUGAUGCUGCCACUCAAGAUGCUGCUGCCAGUAACAAGAAGAAAAAGAGAGGUCAACGGGCAGUUGGAGCUGAUAAGAGUGGUAGAGGACUCCGUCAAUUUAGUAUGAAAGUGUGCGAAAAAGUUGAAAGUAAAGGAACAACCACAUACAACGAGGUGGCAGAUGAACUCGUAGCAGAGUUCGCUGACCCUGGCAACAGUGUUUCAUCUCCAGAUCAGCAGCAACAAUAUGAUGAGAAAAACAUAAGGCGAAGGGUAUAUGAUGCCCUGAAUGUACUCAUGGCAUUAGAUAUCAUAUCUAAGGAUAAGAAGGAAAUACAAUGGAAAGGUCUUCCUCGAACUAGCCUGAGUGAUAUCGAAGAAUUAAAGGCUGAGCGUCUUGGUUUGAGAAGUAGAAUUGAAAAGAAAGCUGCCUAUUUGCAAGAAUUGGAGGAACAAUACAUAGGUCUUCAGAACCUGAUAAAUCGAAAUGAGCAGCUAUACAACUCAGGAAAUGCUCCCAGUGGGGGUGUGUCCUUACCUUUUAUUCUGGUGCAGACACGCCCUCAUGCAACUGUUGAAGUAGAAAUAUCAGAAGAUAUGCAGCUGGUCCAUUUCGACUUUAAUAGCACCCCUUUUGAGCUGCAUGAUGAUAAUUAUGUUCUCAAGGCAAUGAAAUUUUGUGAGAGACCACAAAGUGACAGUGUAGCACCAAAUCUAGCUAAUGAUGGAGGUGAAGGAUCUAGCAUGUCCCAUGUGUACCAACAACAAAUACUUUCCCCAGGAACAAACACACCAGUUAGACCAUCCCCAACCUCACCACCUAUUCCUGGAAUUUUAAAAGCACGAGUCAAGCAUGAGCAUUAAUAAGCAUAUCAAGCUUGAUCAUCUUACCAUGGGCAACGUUCUCGACUGUGUCUGUAAAUUGUGUAAAGUAGUUUGCUGGAGGUGGAGUGCCCCUAUUAUUAUCUUCACCUCCUGAUUUUACCUUCACUGGGAGGAAUGGAGGUAACAAGCUGAUCAGUCCCUUUUGCUUAGAGACUUACAUGGAAUAUUUAAUUUAUGUCAGGUUCUCAGGUUUAGAUCCAUGGUUAGCUUUUGUACUUGUUUAAUCAUUUUUUUCUUUUCUUUUUCACCCUAUUGUAGUAAAAAUGGAAUUAGUCUGUCAGUUCAUAUUAGGCUACAGGGGGAUCGUCUAGCCGCACACAGAGUCAUAGAAUUAAACCAACAUUUGACAUUCCUUGUAUUGCACAUUACAUUUAUGCUAUUGCUGUUUACUGUUA